AUGUCCUCCGGAUUCGUAUCAGCCGGAACAGACCAAGAACCGGUAGAACGCGACGAUGAAUGGCUCCGCGUCCAACAAGAGCUGGAGGAGGAACGACGACGCAAGGCAGAAUUAGGCAAGCAAGCCGACGGCAAAAGUCUCUACGAAGUGCUACAGCAGAACAAAAACUCGAUUAUGGAGUCGACGCGCGCGCAGGAGGCCGCUGUCAAGAAGGAGACUGCGGAGCAGCUUGAGGCUUUCCGGAGACACAGGGAGGAGGCGGAGAAGGUUGCGCUUGAGGAGGGGACUGCCGAUGUUACUCCUGCCGCUGAGGGGGAGGAUUGGAAGAUCCCUGCGCGUAAGAGGAGGAGGGAUAAGAAGGACCUUUUGUUUCCGGGAAAGAAGCGCAAGUCUACUGCUGAAGUUGCGGGAGAAACUCUGUCGACUGGAGAGCAGAAGGUGAAUCAAAAGGACAGGGAACCCGGAAAAGUUGAUAAACAGUCUGUUUCGAUUCCGGCUGAGGCUGUUAAAGCUGAAAAGUCACAGCCAUCUGUGAGCGCAGCGAGUUCAGUCAAUCCCGUACGGCCCGGCAAUGCGAAGGUGGCGGUACCUGAACAGACUGAGAAGAAGCCAGCGGCCAAGCCAGCCCCGAUAGCUCUUGGCUUGUCUGGCUACAGUUCCGACUCUGAGUAA